AUGAAAUUUUUAACAACCAAUUUUUUGAAAUGUUCAGUGAAAGCUUGUGAUACAAGUAAUGAUAAUUUCCCAUUACAAUACGAUGGUUCUACAUGUCAACUAGUUCAAGAUGAAAGUAUCGAAUUCAAUCCUGAAUUUCUGUUGAAUCUAAUGGAUAGACUCGAUUGGAGCGCAAUCCUUAUGGUGGCAAGUGAUUUAGGUAAUACUUCAUUACCUCAACAAAAACCAGUAUUUAAUAAAGAUAAUGAUGAAUUAUCUGAAGAAGAUAUGAUCAUAUUGAAAGAUUUCCACACUCUUUUAAUUCAAACCAAUAUAGUGGAAGGUCAAAUGAAAUGUAGAAACUGUGGCCAUGUUUAUUACAUCAAGAACAGUAUUCCAAAUCUAUUACUCCCUCCGCAUUUAGCAUGA